GUACAUUGUUUCAUAAAGUGCAUUGUCAAUACUCUGAAAUCGUUCACUUUCUAUAGCGAAUUUAACAGUAAACAUAUUUUUAAAAUGACUUCUAUAAAAUAUAUAACGAUAGACGAUUCCAUAGACAAGAACGAGAACCACCCUCCUGAAGACAGAAGGUUAAAUCUUGCUUACGAGGAUUUAACUGAAGUUCCUUGUUCUUUGGCUGAUAGAUUUGGUUGGUGGGUACAAAUUUUAGAUUUGAGCUACAAUAAAAUUAGCGACGUAUCGUUUCUGGCAUAUUUCGAGCGUUUACACACGGUCAUUUUGGACAGAAAUCAAAUCAAUUCGGGAACAAGAUUCCCUCAGAUUCCAUCAUUAAGAAUAUUAUGGUUAAACCAUAAUCGCAUCUCCAGUUUGGUGGCUUUCUUGCCCAAUUUAUCAAAAAAUUGUCCAAAUUUAGAAAAUCUAAGUCUAAUGGGGAAUAUUGGAGCUCCGAGUUUUUUGAAUGGAGCAACACCUAAUCAACAUUUUCAUUACAGAUUGUACGUCAUAAGUUUAUUACCAAAGUUACGUUUCUUGGAUGAUAAAUGGAUUUCUGUACACGAAAAAGACGAAGCGUACAAAUUUGAUAAUUUAUUGAGCAAUAUAUUAAAUGUUCUUCGUAAAAUGAAAAAAUCUACGCUUCAAAUAUGCCAAAAUCAACAUAAUAAUGCAAAAAUAGUCUAGCAUUAUUCUAGAAGAUAAUUUAUAAAAGUAGAUACUCCUGCAAGAGAUGCAUUCUCUGAUAUUUAUUUAAUAGCAUCUAUAUCUCACCUUCUGACGCCGUUUUAAUGUAAU